GUCCUAUAAAAACCCCAAAAAACCAAAUCCAAUCUCGAUCUCCCCCAUCUGUAGAUCUCGCCGUUGUCCGUACAAUCGCCGGUGUAUUCUCGCCGGAAAGUUAUCACCGGAUAUUGAAGUCUCUCUCUCUUCUCCAAAGACGAAGCUUGUGGGAAAAAGCUGGGUUUUUUUUUUUUUUUCGUGACACUCUCUUAAGUUAGCUAAAAAGGUGGAUUUGUCAUUGCCAAAAUCCACUGGUAAAGGUGUGAGGAUUGAAUUACUCAAUUGAUUACUUGGACGGAAAGUUUGUUGAAGCAAAUCAGACAUGUCUUUCCAGAACAAGGGCUUUUGGAUGGCAAAGGGUGCUGAGUGUUUAACUGAUGAUGAGAUGGCCUAUGGUAGCUCCUCCAGAAUUGAGCCAAAGCAUCCUCAUCAGUGGUUUAUGGAUGGUACUGAGGCUGAGCUAUUCCCCAACAAGAAACAGGCAGUUGAAGUUCCAAACCACAGUUCAUUCUCUGGACUUCUAAAUUCAAAUGCUUCUCCAUGGGAAAAUGCUUCCAGUUUUAACUCUCCUACAGGCCAAUUUACUGAACGCUUAUUUGAAGCUGAAACUGCAAGGACCAUCAAUUUUGAUGACAGGAAUAUUCCAUCAGUUGGUACAGGCAAUAUCAAUAUGGGAAGAAAGGUCAUUGAGGAUCCAUUUGGGAGUGAUUCCUUAUUUGGUUUGUCUAUGUCUAAUACACUUGAGGAUCCUAGAUCAGGUCUUAACUAUAGUGGAAUCAGAAAAGUGAAAGUCAGCCAGGUGAAAGACAUUGAUAAUUUCAUGUCAGUAUCAAUGGGACAUGCCUAUAACAGAGGGGAUAAUAGUACCAUGCCAACACCUCAUGCUUAUGGAAAGCCUGAUGAUAAUUCCAUUUCAAUGGGCCUCUCAUUCAAUAGAGGCAAUGACAACAUCAUAUCAAUGGGUGAUGCCUAUAAUAGGGUGGGUAACAAUUUUAUAUCAAUGGGUCAACCAUAUAACAAAGGGGAUGACAGCACCAUAUCGAUGGGUCAGUCUUUCUGCACGGGUGAUGACAAUAUCACUAUAAUGGGUCAAACCUUCAACAAGGAGGAUGAUAGUAACAUAUCAAUGGGCAAUGCCUUCAAGGACGAUAAUAAUACCAUAUCAAUGGGUCAGUCUUUCAGCAGGGGUGACGACUCUAUCCCAUCUAUGAGUCAAAGCUUCAACAGAGUUGAAGGUAAUACUAUAUCUAUGGGUACCUCAUACAACAAGGUGGCUGACAAUGCCAUAUCAAUGGGUGGCCAAACCAACAACAAAGUUGAAAACAACACUUCAUCAAUGGGUCAAUCUUUUGGUAAGAGAGAAAGCAAUAUCAUAUCCUUUGGAGGGUUUCAGGAUGAUGAUGAUGAUAUAAAUUCUUCAGGAAGGCUUAUAUGUAGUUAUGAUUUGUUGAUGGGUCAGUCUUCAACUCAAAGACCAGAAUCAGCAAGUGAGAAAGGUUUGGUUGAAUCAGAUGUUGAUGCCAUUGUAAGUGCUGCUAAGAUAACUUCCUAUGCAAGAGAAACUGUUUCUAAGAAGAAGGAAGAUCAGAAAGGGUCCAAAAAGGUUGCUCCAAACAAUUUCCCUUCAAAUGUUAGAAGUUUGCUUUCAACUGGUAUGCUGGAUGGAGUACCUGUGAAGUAUAUUACCUGGUCGCGGGAGAAGGAGCUUCACGGUAUCAUAAAAGGUUCUGGUUAUAUGUGUGGCUGUCAGUCAUGUAAUUUUGCUAAGGCAAUUAAUGCAUAUGAAUUUGAGCGUCAUGCUGGUUGUAAAACAAAACACCCAAACAAUCACAUAUAUUUUGAGAACGGGAAGACUAUUUAUGGAAUAGUUCAAGAGCUCAAGAACACACCUCAAAAUUUGUUGUUUGAAGUUAUUCAGACAAUUACUGGAUCGGCCAUUAACCAGAAAUCUUUCCGUCUUUGGAAAGAAUCGUUCCUAGCUGCUACUCGUGAACUUCAGCGUAUAUAUGGAAAGGAUGAAGGGAAACAAUUGUCGUAAAGUUUCCUUGUUCAAAUGUAAUGAAAUAUAAGGGGAGAAAGAUUGCGGUUACUGGUUUGCCUGGGACUCACUGUCAUCAUUCAAUUUUCUAAGUCCAGUUUGUGCUUUGCAUACUUAGUUACUACCAAUUUGCACAUGCAUUGCGUGUGCAAGACAUUUUACCCGUAAAGAUUAUAUAAAAAUCAAAAUUGAUUUUAUUGGUUAUUGCGUGUUGUGGAGGUUUUUUUUUUUCUUUUUCUGUGAAACAUUUAUUGGGAGUCUUUUAACUGGCUGGUCCAAUGAAAAGGGUAGUAUGGGAGUUGAUAGUGAUACAAAGAGACAUGGAAAACUACAAAGAAUGUUUUGUUGAGCUUGUGAGAAAAGACAUGUUGCUGUGACUUUAUGGUAAUCAUUUGUGUGUGUGAGGUGGAUAGAAGGAAUUUUUAGCAAACUAAGUUGUCAGGAUGAAGGAUUGUUUUGGUCAAACUUGGCAGUUAUUUAUUUUUAAAGUCAUCAUGAUGCUAUAAGAUAACCUGGUGAUGUGCAUUCUUGAACUGCUAACCCAUAAAUUAGUCCCGCUUAUGAGGAGUUGAUCAGUAAUUAUGGGUUUGUAUCUCUUUCUGUUGCCCUGAUUUGCACAAUUAUUAUUUUUCAGGGAUUUUCUAAGCUGGGCUCUUUAUCCAUUAACUUAAGACAUUCCAGACUUAGAAAUUAGAAUAGUAUAAGUUGAGUUUAUCAACUCAACCAUGUGGGCCAAGUUUGAGUGCCCAUCAAAAUUUUGGGCUGCUUAUGGUAUUUGUUUUUUUGGGUUAGUAACUUAUGGUAUUUGUUAUCAUGAACUUAGGUGCCCGAGUUAG